AUGUCGACCACACUUCUGUCCGCCUUCUACGACAUCGACUUCUUGUGCAAGACGGAGAAAUCCCUGGCCAACCUCAAUCUGAACAACAUGCUGGACAAGAAGGCGGUGGGGACGCCCGUGGCCGCCGCCCCCACCUCGGGCUUCGCGCCGGGCUUCCUCCGACGGCACUCGGCCAGCAACCUGCACGCCCUGGCGCACCCCGCGCCGAGUCCCGGCAGCUGCUCGCCCAAGUUCCCGGGCGCCGCUAACGGCGGCAGCGCGGCGGCCGGUGGCCCGGCCUCCUAUGGCACCCUCAAGGAGCCGUCGGGGGGCGGCGGCGGCGGCACGGCCCUGCUCAACAAGGAGAACAAAUUCCGGGACCGCUCGUUCAGCGAGAACGGCGAGCGCAGCCAGCACCUCCUGCACCUGCAGCAGCAGCAGCAGCAGCAGCAACAACAGAAGGGAGCCGGCGGCUCCCAGAUCAACUCGACCCGCUACAAGACCGAGCUGUGCCGGCCCUUCGAGGAGAGCGGCACGUGCAAGUACGGCGAGAAGUGCCAGUUCGCGCACGGCUUCCACGAGCUGCGCAGCCUGACGCGGCACCCCAAGUACAAGACGGAGCUGUGCCGCACCUUCCACACCAUCGGCUUCUGCCCCUACGGGCCGCGCUGCCACUUCAUCCACAAUGCCGACGAGCGGCGGCCCGCGCCGUCGGGGGGCGCCUCCGGGGACCUGCGCGCCUUCAGCGCGCGCGAUGCGCUGCACCUGGGCUUCGCGCGGGAGCCGCGGCCCAAGCUGCACCACAGCCUCAGCUUCUCGGGCUUCCCGUCGGGCCACCACCAGCCCCCGGGGGGCCUCGAGUCGCCGCUGCUGCUGGACAGCCCCACGUCGCGCACGCCGCCGCCGCCCUCCUGCUCCUCGGCCUCGUCCUGCUCCUCCUCGGCCUCCUCCUGCUCCUCCUCGGCCUCGGCGGCCUCCACGCCCUCGGGCGCCCCGACGUGCUGCGCCUCGGCGGCGGCAGCGGCGGCCGCGGCCGCGCUGCUCUACGGCUCCGGGGGCGCCGAGGACCUGCUGGCCACCGGCGCGCCCUGCGCCGCCUGCUCGGCCGCCUCGUGCGCCAACAACGCCUUCGCCUUCGGCCCGGAGCUGAGCAGCCUCAUCACGCCGCUCGCCAUCCAGACCCACAACUUCGCCGCCGCCGCCGCGGCCGCCGCCUACUACCGCAGCCAGCAGCAGGGCCUGGCGCCCCCCGCGCAGCCCCCGGCGCCGCCCAGCGCGCCCCUCCCCGCCAGCGCCGCGGCCGCCGCGCCGCCCUCGCCGCCCUUCGCCUUCCAGCUGCCGCGCCGCCUGUCCGAGUCGCCGGUGUUCGACGCGCCCUGUAGAGGGAGGUCACAGGACCGCGACAGCUACCUGAGCGGCUCCCUGAGCUCGGGCAGCCUCAGCGGCUCCGAGUCCCCCAGCCUGGACCCCGGCCGCCGCCUGCCCAGCCAGAUGUAUAGUUCGUCCUCCGACGAUGGAGGAAGAGGGCGCCAGUGA